AUGGCGCUGCGGGCGGGCGGCGCGGCGGGGCGGCCGGCCCUCCUCCUGCCCCUGCUCCUGCUCCCGCUCCUGGCCUCGCUGGCGGCGGGAGCCGCGAACGGCGGCAGCGCGGAGGCGGCGGAGGCCCCGGGCUGGCGGGGCGAGCCGGGUCUGAAUGCCACUGUGUCCACGGAAGUAGAAUUUGGAGUAUGCACAGUUACAUGUGGGAUUGGCAUUCGAGAAGUUCUCUUAACCAGUGGAUGCCCUGGGACUGAAGCAAAAUGUAUUGUCCGUGUGGAGGAAUGCCGGGGGCCGGUAGACUGUGGAUGGGGAACACCAAUUUCUGAGGGCCUUGCCUGUGUGAAGAUGCCUUGUAUUUAUAUACCUCCUGAAAACCGAUUUAAAUAUGUUUGGAAGAUGUUAGUUCUAAACAAGACAGCACACAUUCUUCCCAAUGAUUCAGCUAUUAUGGAAGUUUGCAGAGAUACCCACUCGGUUACUUUCCAGUGUGAAACUCAAGAAAAUGGAAAUAUAAUUGCCUCUGUAAAAUACACAGUCUACGCAAAAACUGAAAUGCAAACAAAAAAGUCAAGGAGAACAGAAACAGGGCAAUCAAGGAGAACAACGACAGAUGCCAUUCUGGUCUUUUGCCUGGCAACUGGAAUCAUUGUGACUGUUGGUGUGAUCUUUGCCGUGAUCUUUAUGAUUCUUCACUGGGCUGCUGUAAAAGCUAUUUGGAAAUCAAAAUCCGGGCAAGACAACCAAGACAAGAAGCUGGCAAACAAAAGAUCACUGUGUAACAUGGAAUAAAUAGUGCCCCCCCUCAGGGUCCACACUGGCCUUUCAAGGAAUUGGAGUCUCCACCUGCAGCUGCAGUGUUCUCACCAUCUGCAUUAGCCAUAAUACUAGAAGUGGCAGAGCCCUCACUCACAGAAGAUGAAGUAUAUAAGUCCUUCCAGGACUUGCAUAAUGAACAGAAUUAGAAAAAAAAAUAAUAUUGGAUUACCUAGAAAUAUGAUAUAAAGAAGAUUAAAAUAUGUUUGAAAUACUGGUUUUAAGAAGUACUUUUUAGAGUUCAUUUGCUGUCUUGGAUUACUGGACUUUAAGUGAAAUGGGUAAGAAUACUAUUUUAAGGUGGAUAUCAAUCCCCAGGUAGUUUAAUAGUCUGAGCACUUCUGAACUGGAGAACCAAAGCCAGGUCUUUGUGAGGAUGUUGAAGAUUAUAUACUUAAUAUGUCUUAAUUUUGUGAAGAUGUUAAUCUAGACUAGAUGAAACUAGGCAUAUAGUCUAGGCAGAGACCGUUUUUUAUAAAGUGCUCCUUAUCUCCUUGAUGAUCCUCAAGCACAGCACCUACUAUGUAAUCACUAUAAUCCAGUUUC